CAAGAGGCGCAAACCAAUGAAGCGGUGCCGGGGGCAGUGCCCUGUCUGUGUGACACUCAUCGGCAAGACACAAGCACUGCAGGCAGGUCAGCCAGUCAUGUCAGCCAAAGGGGCGUCGUCAGCCAUGAGUCAAUCGGCAGCCACUCAAGUAGUCAAUCCCCGCCAGCCACUCACACACACACACAGGCGAUUCACUGACUGCACAGACCAUCCAAGUGGAUGGAUGGAAGCCCUCUUCCCCUACUCGUGUCUGUAUGUCUGUAGUGCUAAGUCCCCCCUCCCGUCUGUCUGUCUGUCUGUCUCUUCGCUCACACACAAACGAAGGUCCCGAAGAUGCUCUCUGUCUGUCGUCGCCCACUCCCCUUCCCUCCCUCUCCAUCCCUCCCAUCGCUGCUAUGUCCGCCAUCCAUUCGCCAUUGCCCCUGGUGCCUCACUGGCCCGGCCCUCCGCCUCCCUGGUGGUUGCCAUGCGGCUGGCCUGCCGCUGGGAACGGCGACGCACUCAUCGCCAGAUUCACCAUUGGGUGCUCGUGAAGCCGUCGGGGCGGCGGUGUCAUCAUCGGCACCAUGGCCACCUGGUGUGGGUGGGGCGGUGAGGCCGACGCGCUGCGAUGGGCGGCAAACAACGGAUAGGCCAGUGCUGCAGGCGGCGAGAAGGGGGGCGGGUAGGUUGGCCGCUGGGGUGGGAAGGGUCCAGGGGCGAUGUGUGGCGGUGGGUGCACCAUCUGGUGCGACGGAGGGGGAGAUGGGUACUGCUGGGGUGCGACGGGAGCCGGGGGGACGUGUGGCGAUGGGUGGCUCAUGUGGUGCGACUGAGGGGGAGGGCUGGUGGUGCGUGGCGGGGCAUGUGGUGCCGCGGGUGGUGGUGAGCUGCUCGUAUCUUCGGUGCGGGCGCCGCGGGGGUGCGGGCGGGUGGCGGCAGGUGCAGUGGUCGGGUGGCAGCGCCUUUCGAAGAAGGCCACCUGCCGCUCUUCCCUGACCUUGAGGAAGGCCACCUGCCCCUUGAGCCCCUCCACCUCGGCCUCCAAAUACGUCUCGGCGCUCUGUAAGACAACCAUAUGGACCGUAUGUGCGAGAGGUCUCUGUGUGCAAUGCUGCGAGUCGUGCGGCGCUUGUCGUAUGCGUACCAGGUCCGCCCGCUCCUUAAUGGCCGCCAUUUCGGCCUUGAGGGCUUCGGCCUCAGCUUUCAGGGCCGCCUCACGCUCCUGAGGAAACAAAAGAUAACACAUCAGAAGAAAAGGAACAGUGUGCUGUGCUGUGGACGACAUAGGAUACAUUGCAUGCAUUGGCCGCUUGCAUACCUUCUGCUGGAGCUCCGCCCACUUGUUGCAGGCCUCGAACACCUCGUCGCACACCUCCCCUCCCAGAGCGUCGAGCCGCCGCUCUAGUUCCUGCCACACAGACACAUCACGGGCAUCAUCUAGCCACGGAACUCCCUCCCAUGUGCAAUUGCCCAUGACAUUGUGCUGUGAAUGUGAGCGUGCCAAGGAGCGUGCUUACCCCCGGGAACUUGAUGGCCAGCACAGCGGCGUUGACCACGAAUGAGUCCAAGUCCCGGGGGUCGAGGAUGAUGUCCGCGGCGUUCUGCGGCGCCCUGGCGAGGACAGAGGGGGGGAUGGCGUGGCGUGGGACGGGCAGCCUCAGCUUGAGGUCCUCGAGUCGCAGCUUCCGGCGCGAACUUGCCAUGCUUGCC